GAUAAAUGCCAUAUCUCAUAAUUGAGCUCAUCUCAUUAAGAGAAGACGCCAAGGCAUGAGUGAAGAAGGGUUAAGAAUGGAGCUUUCAGAGAUCAGAGACAGAACGGGAACUAGUUUCAGGAGUAGCUCUUCUUCAAGAAAUGAGUCUGAUCAGGAUGAGGCAGAGCAUGCUCUGCAAUGGGCUGAGAUCCAGAGGCUGCCCACUUUCAAACGGCUGAGAUCAUCUCUGGUCGAUGAAGAAGGCGAGGCUGAGAAGAAAGGGAAAAGGGUGGCUGAUGUCACCAAGCUUGGAGCCAUGGAACGUCAUCUGAUGAUUGAGAAGCUGAUCAAACACAUCGAGAAUGAUAAUCUCAAGCUGCUCAAGAAGAUCAGAAGAAGAAUGGACAGGGUUGGUGUGGAGUUUCCGAGCAUAGAGGUGAGGUAUGAGCAUUUAAGUGUUGAAGCUGAGUGUGAGGUCAUUGAAGGGAAGGCGCUUCCAACUUUAUGGAACUCCUUGAAGCGCGUUUUCUUAGAACUGGUGAAGCUGAGUGGUGUAGUAACACGUGAAGCUAAGAUAAUACUUAAUGAUGUUAACGGCAUCAUUAACCCGGGAAGGUUAACUUUGCUACUUGGUCCUCCUGGAUGUGGGAAAAGUACUCUGCUUAAGGCUUUGUCUGGAAACUUGGACAAGAAUCUAAAGAGUUCUGGUGAAAUCUCCUACAAUGGACACGCACUUAACGAAUUUGUUCCUCAGAAAACAUCUGCGUACAUAAGCCAACAAGAUCUUCACAUUGCAGAGAUGACAGUGAGGGAGACAAUAGACUUCUCAGCUCGUUGUCAAGGUGUAGGUAGCAGAACAGAUAUUAUGAUGGAGGUCAGUAAAAGAGAAAAGGAGGUUGGAAUCAUCCCUGACCCUGAAGUAGAUGCUUACAUGAAGGCAAUAUCGGUUAAAGGACUUAAAAGAAGUCUGCAAACAGAUUACAUCUUGAAGGUCCUAGGGCUUGACAUUUGUGCAGAAACAUUGGUUGGGAAUGCGAUGAAAAGAGGCAUAUCAGGGGGUCAAAAGAAGCGUCUUACCACAGCCGAGAUGAUCGUUGGUCCAACAAAAGCUCUGUUCAUGGAUGAAAUAACAAACGGCUUAGACAGUUCCACUGCGUUUCAGAUAGUCAAGUCUCUUCAGCAACUAGCUCACAUUACAGACGCAACAGUGCUUGUUUCCCUUCUUCAACCUGCUCCAGAAUCAUAUGACCUCUUUGACGAUAUUGUCCUGAUGGCUGAAGGAAAAAUUGUGUACCACGGUCCACGCCACGAGGUCCUAAAUUUUUUUGAGGAAUGUGGAUUUAGAUGCCCAGAAAGGAAAGGUGUUGCAGACUUUCUACAAGAGGUUAUAUCUAGAAAGGACCAAAGACAGUACUGGAUACACCAGGACUUACCUUAUAGUUUUGUUUCAGUAGAUACAUUUUCAAAGAGAUUCAAAGACUUAGAGAUUGGGAGAAAGCUUAAGGAAGCUCUGUCUAAGCCAUAUGAUAAAUCAAAACCACACAAGGAUACUCUUUCCUCUAAUGCAUAUUCUCUUCCAAAAUGGGAGUUGUUCAAAGCAUGCAUCUCAAGAGAGUUUCUUCUCAUGAAGCGAAACUAUUUCCUCUAUCUCUUCAAAACGUUUCAGCUUGUUCUGUCUGCAAUCAUCACUAUGACUGUGUUUAUACGAUCAAGGAUGGGCAUGGACAUUGUUCAUGGGAACUCUUACAUGAGUUGCAUCUUUUUUGGAAUCGUUGUACUUAUGAUUGAUGGAAUUCCAGAGAUAUCUAUGACUGUUCAACGCCUUGCCGUGUUUUACAAGCAAAAGCAACUGUGUUUCUAUCCAGCUUGGGCUUAUGCAAUCCCAGCAACAGUGUUGAAGGUCCCUCUCUCCUUCCUUGAAUCUCUCGUUUGGACUUGCCUCACUUACUAUGUCAUUGGAUACACUCCUGAAGUCUCCAGGUUCUUCCGGCAAUUCAUAAUGCUAUUUGCUGUUCACUUCACGUCCAUAUCGAUGUUUCGGUGUAUAGCUUCAAUCUUUCAGACAGGAGUUGCUUCGAUGGCAGCUGGUAGUUUUGCCAUAUUAGCCACCUUUGUCUUUGCUGGUUUUGCCAUUCCCUACACUGACAUGCCAGGGUGGCUGAAGUGGGGUUUCUGGGUGAAUCCUAUAAGCUACGCAGAGAUUGGACUCUCUGUAAACGAGUUUCUUGCUCCAAGAUGGCAGCAAAUGCAACCUACAAAUGUUACAUUAGGGAGAACCAUACUCGAAAGCAGAGGACUGAACUACGAUGAUUAUAUGUAUUGGGUCUCAUUAGGUGCCUUGCUGGGCCAGACCAUUAUCUUCAACAUCAUUUUCACUCUAGCUUUGAGUUUCUUGAAAUCUCCCACAACAUCUCGUGCUAUGAUCUCCCAAGAGAAGCUACUUGAGCUGCAAGGAACAAAAGAUUCAUCAGUCGAGCAGAUUAAGUCAACAGAGACAAACGAGGAUUCAGGGAAGAUGGUGUUGCCUUUUAAGCCUCUCACCAUAACAUUUCAAGAUUUGAACUACUACGUUGACGUUCCUGUGAUGAGAGGUCAAGGGUACGCUGAGAAGAAACUGCAGCUUCUCUCGAACAUCACCGGAGCUUUCAGGCCUGGAGUUCUAACGGCGUUGAUGGGAAUCAGUGGAGCAGGGAAAACCACUCUACUAGACGUCCUAGCCGGAAGAAAAACAAGCGGAUACAUCGAAGGAGACAUCAAGAUAAGUGGAUACCUUAAAGUCCAAGAAACGUUCGCAAGGGUCUCAGGCUACUGCGAGCAAACGGAUAUACACUCACCAAACAUCACCGUGGAAGAGUCGUUAAUUUACUCGGCUUGGCUCCGUCUAGUUCCAGAAAUAGAUCCUGAAACCAAAAUAAGAUUCGUAAAACAAGUUUUGGAGACGAUAGAGCUGGAGGAGAUCAAGGACGCGAUGGUGGGAGUCCCCGGCCAGAGCGGACUGUCGACGGAACAGAGGAAGCGUUUGACGGUGGCGGUGGAGUUGGUGGCGAACCCCUCUAUCAUAUUCAUGGAUGAACCAACGACGGGGCUGGACGCAAGAGCAGCUGCCAUAGUGAUGAGAGCUGUCAAGAACGUAGCAGAGACUGGAAGAACCAUCGUCUGCACUAUUCAUCAGCCCAGCAUUGACAUCUUUGAAGCUUUUGACGAGUUGGUACUUUUGAAGACAGGAGGUCGCAUGAUUUACACUGGACCACUUGGACAGCAUUCUUCUCAUGUCAUUCAGUAUUUCGAGAGUAUCCCUGGAGUUGCUAAGAUAAGAGACAACUACAAUCCAGCAACAUGGAUGCUAGAGGUUACUUCACAGUCUAUGGAGACUGAACUGGACGUGGAUUUCGCAGAAAUCUACAAGGAAUCUAAUCUUUACAAGAGCAACUCCGAGCUAGCUGCAGGGCUGGGCAAACCGGAUCCCGGUUCAACCGACUUGCAUUUCGAGAGAACUUUUGCGCAGAGCUGGUGGGGACAGUUCAAAUCUUGUCUAUGGAAGAUGAGCUUGUCUUACUGGAGAAGCCCUUCUUACAACUUGAUGCGUAUCGGUCACACUUUGAUCUCUUCUUUGAUCUUUGGUGUACUCUUCUGGAAACAAGGACAAAAGAUAGAUACUCAACAGAACUUGUUCACAGUUCUUGGAGCAAUCUACGGUCUUGUCCUCUUCUUGGGAGUAAACAACUGCACUACAGCGUUACAGUAUUUCGAGACAGAGCGUAACGUUAUGUACCGCGAAAGAUUCGCUGGAAUGUACUCCGCGUUUGCCUAUGCGUUGGCUCAGGUUGUGACCGAGAUUCCUUACAUUCUCAUCCAAAGCGCAGAGUUUGUGAUCGUCAUAUAUCCUAUGAUGGGUUUAUACGCAUCUGCUUACAAAGUCUUUUGGAGUCUCUACUCAAUGUUCUGCAACUUACUCUGCCUCAACUACCUUGCAAUGUUCCUCAUCUCCGUCACUCCAAACUUCAUGGUCGCAGCUAUUCUCCAGUCUCUUUUCUUCGUUGCUUUCAACCUUUUUGCUGGAUUCUUGAUUCCACUACCGCAAAUACCAAAGUGGUGGGUCUGGCUUUACUAUCUAGCUCCAACCUCUUGGACGCUCAACGUGUUUUUCUCGUCUCAGUACGGUGAUAUACAUGAAACGAUCGAUGCCUUUGGACAGUCCACGACCGUUGCAAGAUUCUUAGAGGACUACUUUGGAUUCCACCAUGAUCGUUUGAUCUUAUCAGCCAUUAUUCUCAUCGCAUUCCCAAUUGCACUGGCUUCUAUGUUUGCCUUCUUUGUUGCCAAGCUUAACUUUCAAAAACGAUGAUGCAUCAUCAUCAUACACCAA